AUGCAGCCCGGCAGCAAUUGGAAGCCGUUCGACAUCGCAGUGAUUGGAGGUGGUAUCGGAGGACUUGCAGCAUCCAUCGCAUUACGAAGAGCAGRUCACAAGGUCACCAUAUAUGAGCGUGCAGACUUUGCCGGAGAGGUUGGGGCAUCGAUAUCAUGUGCCGCAAAUGGAAUGAAAUGGUUACAUGAAUGGGGAGUCGACAUUGCAAAAGGUGAUGGCGUGUACCUCAGACAGUUGAUCAAUCGAGACUGGGCAACUGGUGAGCCUGUCAGUGUUGUCGAUCUCAACGACUACGAAGAGAAAUGGGGUCAGCCCUACUACAUGUUCCACCGACAAGACAUGCAUAAAAUGUUCAUGGAAUGUGCGCUCCAAGAGGAAGGCGAAGGUAUCCCCGCCAGGCUCUUCGUCAACCACAAGUGUGAAAAUCUCGACACCGCACAAGGCAUCAUAACUUUCACAAACGGCACAACAGCCAAACACGACCUCGUCAUAGGCGCCGAUGGAAUCGGCUCCAAAGUCCGCAAACUCAUCGGAAUCAUAGUCGACAAACGACCCUCCGACUCAAGCUGUCUGCACGCCAACGUAACAACCUCAGAAGCCAUAGCACUAGGUCUACCCGACUACGGCAAAAACGAAGCCAUAGAAUACUGGGGCGGCCACCACACCUUCAACAAAAUCGUCCUCUCCCCUUGCCACGGCGGCCGCCUCCUAUCAUACUACUGUUUCUUCCCGCGCGAAAAAGGCGACUACUCAGGCCAAAACUGGGACGCGAGCGCCACAACCGAAGACCUCCUCUCCCCCUACCCAGAUCUCGACAGACAAGUUUUCGGACACCUGGCUAUCGGAAAAGAAGUUCGACCCUGGAGACUCUGGGUUCAUGAACCUUACUCCCAUUGGCAUAAAGGCGUCACAUGUAUCAUGGGAGAUGCCGCGCACCCGAUGAUGCCGGAUCAAAGCCAAGGGGCAUGUACGGCGCUCGAAGACGCCGCUGCUUUGGGGCUGCUUUUUCAAAAGGAAUUUUUCGCGGGGAGUGUGCAGGCUGCGUUGGGAUUGUAUGAGCGGGUGAGGAAACCUCGUGCUACGAAAGUUCAGGCUGCUUCGGCGAGGGCUAGGGAGAAUAUUCAUGAGAGGAUUGGAUUUUCGGAUAAUACGGGGAAUAAAUUUUAUGAUGUUGAGGAUGAGGGGAAUAAACUUACGAUUGCUGAGAUGAAUGGGUAUGAUAUGCGGGCGGAUAUUUGGAGGAAGUGGGAUGCGUCUGUUGUGGGGUGA